GAUUUUUUUUUUUUUUGAUUAUUACUAUAACGAUGCCACACUGCGGACCGCGCCCCAAAAAAACCGUGAAUGCAUUCUUAAUGUGGAUAAAUUCCGCCGGGCGCAAUUACAUAAGAGCGAUGCAUCCCGGGAUCAGUCCCCAGGAAGUGUUAUUGAAGGGCAGUGUGAUGUGGGAAGCCAUGGUCGAUGAGGAGAAGGUCGUGUGGCAGUAGGCGGCACGCACGGCAAUGGCCGAUUACAAGAAGAAAUUGGAGAAGUGGAAUACACACAAAGAGCAGUCGGAGAAAACUACCCAAACGGAUGAGACGGUGGAUCGAUCUGCAUGAAGUGCGUUUAAACGUAAACGUUUUGUUGGGUCAUGCAUCCGCCAAAACUGUGCAGUAGACUGCGAGUGAAGAACUAUCGUUACUCGAUUGUGCCCAGUCGCCUAGACCCGGACGAACAUCGCGACCAUAACCAGCCCAGUUUCUCCAUUACCGCCGCCCCGGAACAUAACCGGCUGCAGGAGAGGAUCUCGAGUGGAACCAGUGCUGCCAUGGAUGACAACCAGGGGCGCGAGUAUUUAGUAGGCAUUGACUUUGAUUUCGCAUUACUUAUCAUGUGCACCUUCAGAUAUUUUUAGUUUUUCUCUAGAUCUUAACGAUAUACAGUCCAAUUCUACAACAAAUUUUCCAAGUAAACUUCAAAUAGAAAUUUUUUUUUUUUUUUGAUUAUUACUAUAACGAUGCCACACUGCGGACCGCGCCCCAAAAAAACCGUGAAUGCAUUCUUAAUGUGGAUAAAUUCCGCCGGGCGCAAUUACAUAAGAGCGAUGCAUCCCGGGAUCAGUCCCCAGGAAGUGUUAAUGAAGGGCAGUGUGAUGUGGGAAGCCAUGGUCGAUGAGGAGAAGGUCGUGUGGCAGUAGGCGGCACGCACGGCAAUGGCCGAUUACAAGAAGAAAUUGGAGAAGUGGAAUACACACAAAGAGCAUUCGGAGAAAACUACCCAAACGGAUGAGACGGUGGAUCGAUCUGCAUGAAGUGCGUUUAAACGUAAACGUUUUGUUGGGUCAUGCAGCCGCCAAAACUGUGCAGUAGACUGCGAGUGAAGAACUAUCGUUACUCGAUUGUGCACAAUCGCCUAGACCCGGACGAACAUCGCGACCAUAACGAGCCCAGUUCCUCCAUUACCGCCGCCCCGGAACAUAACCGGCUGCAGGAGAGGAUCUCGAGUGGAACCAGUGCUGCCAUGGAUGACAACCAGGGGCGCGAUGAAGAACUCACACCAAAAAGCACCCAACCACUAAAGAGGGUAAAUGCUGAGCCGCAAGGGCAAACUAAUUGAUGGAGGAAAAUUUCAAAUGUAAACCUUUAAUAAAUUGAACUAAAAUCAAAUAAAACCAACUUAAGGGAAUAUAAUUACACAUUAAGUGCUAGCCAGAU